AGGUGCGUAGUUUUAUACCUUACGUUACCGUGUUGUUUAAGACCAUAAAUUCAAUAGCUGUAACCGUUAUUGAUGUGUCGGAGUUCAUUUUUAGAUGUAAUUACACUCAAUGUGUACGGCAUAUGCGCCUUAUUUCCGAGCCACGAGCCUAAUUUUUGUAACAAGGAACCAUAUACAUAGGAACUCCUUAUUGUUAGGUUUUCAAACUGUGUAUCUAAAGGGAAAUUUAUUUGUCUUUUCGUGUAAUUCAGUCUAUACAUACGAAUUUUAACUUUAUCUGCUUUAUAAGCGAAUGAGUUAAGGUGUUAGGUGAGGCGAGUGUGAGAAAUUAAUUUCUUACACUCGCGUGAACAAUUGUUCAAGAGAUCGUCGAUAAUGACAUCGUGUGUUAAUAGCUGGCUCUUUGUGUACAUAACCUAAUAUCGAGAUAAUAUUCUGCGGUGCAUUUUCAGUUGAAAUUGAUCGUACGACACUGGCAGCAUAUUCCAUGAAAUGUCAAUGUAUGGAAUUUGUUAUAGUAAGUCACGUUGUGUCAGUCAGUCAGUUACAACAUAGAAUCAGGCACAUAUGUGCAUCGUUCCAAGUUGCCACACCUCAUUAACACAUCAAGAAGAACACCAGAUUCAUAGAAGCAGUCAACUCAAUGGUGUAAUAUAUACAGGAAAGAUUGCAUAUAAUAAUAUAGUACAGGAAGAAAGAAUUAAUUCUUAAAAAGAUAUGAGACGAUUUUAGUCUCACGGUUGAAGGGAAAAAGGAGAGUGUAUACAUCUACGCCAUUUUGAUCGAUUCUGAGCCAUGUCACCAUGAGUCUGCAACCAUUGGUUACGAUAGUCACGCGGACCCCAACCAAGUAGUCUGCAUCUACCAACAUGGCUCAGACCAGAAGUUAGUGACUUCAAGCACUGAUGCCAUGUUUUGGUUUGGCAACCCCUAACUAUCAUUAUCGAGGCUGUAUUUUAAAUGUUUUAUUAGUCAAAAUAAUCCCUCAAUGGUUGUCACAGGAUGAUUUUAACCCUCUCUCAUAUAUUGGGACGAUAAGUGAUUAUGACCAGUCAGAUGGAAUAACGUCCAACUACCAUAUUUUAGCUAAAAUACUAGUCAACCUAAUUGCUAAAAUUAGAUCACCAUCCUUAAAGACCUCUGGAGCUAAUCCAUCUGGACCAGCUGCCCUUCCUCGUUUCAGAUCAGCUAUAGCCUUCUGAACUUCAGCUAGUGUCGGGGGACCUACUUCAAUGUUCCAUCCAAACUGUGUCGCAUUGUGUACAUUUUCAUUAAUGAAGUAACCUAAAUUUUAACAAGUGCCAGACCGUUCUAAAUGCUAGGUUACUGGGAGUAUAUAAUGGUGACUUGAAGAUUUUAGUCCAUGAGUUUGUCCUACUUGUUUUAUCGCUUUCUCAACGGUCAUAUUUAUGUGGUAUGUCCUGUUCAUAUAUUAGAAGAAGUUUAAUAUCCAUCCAAUGUCUUUAUCCGCAAAAUAGGAAUAUAUUAUAUUAAACGGUAAUAGAAAUAAUCAGUUGCGCGUAGAAUAACUCUGUCUUGUUGAAGAUUACUUCGUAAUGCCCGCACUUCUCACCUGUUUCCCAUAGAGUUGGUGUGUUUGCCAGUUAUGGUAUCUCCGUAAAAGGCUACAAAUUUUUGUUUCUUCGUCUACCAACAGUCAUCUACAUUAAUGAUCAAUGUUAAUAAUCCACAAUCUUACCGAUUCUUAGCCUGGCUCUCCAAAAUACAUACAUGUCAGUAUCGUAAAUCGUUAAAUAAGUGUUACUGGCAACACCGGCUUUUCAUAUCAGUUGUAUGUAAAUGCUGAAUAUAGUUAUUUCUAUUGACGGAGUCGCUUUUUAUAUAAAUGCUCGUUUAUGGGACCAGAUCCUCACAUAUCUGAUCAUAUUUACAAACCCGUUUGAUAACUACUGACUACGCCGUUGUUCCAUCAAUUUCUUUUCUCCAAAUAAAACGUUUGUAAAAAUCGUGUAUGUAGGUAAAGAAAAUAAAAUGUAUGUACAAGAUUCUGAAAUAAUUAAACACUUGCACUGUGUGCUAUGAGGUAUUUUUGGAAAAUAGUAAAUAUUUUCUAACUACUUGUUGAUAAUCAAUUGAGAGGAACUCUGGAAAAUUUUCGGGUUUGUCCUCAACUUGCGAUUUGUUUGUUUUCAAUGAUACUCUAACUUUCGUAUUUUGUCGUUAUUAACAAAAUUCUAGGCGGUUGAUAAAAGUCAUUUAAAGCCCUAUCUCUUCAUUUUGAACCUUUUUACACUCAUCCGGAAGACCGUUCUUGAACCCUUAAGUAAUCGUGCCAUCUGCCCAUUAUAUUUAGAUCUGUUGUCUUUUUAACUAACGAGUCAGGUGGCUUUAAAAUGGAGAAUAUGUCGUCUAGUAGUAUUCACUAUUUUCGGAUCAUCUUUGAAGUGUUAAAUUCUAACGGUCCUGUCUUAUACGAUGCAAGAUGUUUUUAAAACCAUUCGCCGUGAGAUCUAAUUCUCAAAUUAAGUCUUGUGAAAAGUCAGAGCUUUAUUUAUUUCUGUACUUAAUUUUCAUUUAUAGGAAGCAACUUCUAAACUCAUUCUAUGAUCAGUAUGAAUUAGAUCCUACAAAUAUUUUGGAAAUCUUUAAAACAAAAGAUGUUCACCGUUUAAAAGUUAUAACUUCUUCAGAAAUAAAAGUGAAUAUCUACAAAUUUGGAAAUAUUCCUUUAAUUAUUGAAAAUGAAAAAGAACGUCUCCCCACAGUUUACCUUCUAUGGCAUCUGCCGAACCUCCUCCCACACUUCAAAGUACAUGAGAACUUAGUUUCCGUUCUAAUGAAAGGGGCUGACCUUAUGCUUCCUGGAGUAGUAACUGAUGGUCCAAUUCUUCCUUAUACAUUUAAUAAGAUAGAGAAGGGUGUUCUUUGUUGUAUCAGCACAACUUCCAACCGCGCACCAAUAGCUAUCGGGCACACAGCUAUGUCAAACUACGAUAUGUACAUGAGUGCCGGUAAGGGGAAAGCUGUAUCCGUGUUUCAUGUUAUGGGUGAUCAUGUGUGUUCCCUGGUGUCAUCGUUCAACCGUCCCAUUCUCCCGUGGCCUAUUAUCGAUGAGAGUUCUCCUAAAACAAAUGAAGAAAUAGACAAUGUCGAUGAUGGGUCGAAAUCCCCAGUAAAUAUAUUGCCUCAACAAAUAUCAGACGAUAAAAAUAUCAGCGAAGAAUUGAAUGAUCUUUAUUUGAAAGAAGCAGUUGAGUUACAACCAUCACUUGAUCUUGAUAAAAUUCUACGGGAGUGUUUUUUGAAAGGUCUUAAGCUGAUCAAAGCAAAUCAACUUCCAAUACAAGUGAAUAUUUUUUAUUCUCAAUACGUUUUGGUGCACAAAUCUCCAUCAGUGGAUCUAGAUAUCAGGAAAACAAAAUUUAAAAAGGUUGGCCUAUUUUUGAAAGCUAUGCAAGAUGAAGGUUUCGUCGAGGUGACUGAACCGAAAUCUGGUGUAUUGAUGUUAAAUCAUAUUAAUAAAGAUCAUAUUGAAUUACGAGGAGUAACCGUUCCUGCUUCAAUAACAAAUCCUAAAGUUGAGUGUCAUUGGCCAGAUGACUAUAUGGGCCCACCCCAAAUUGAAGAUAUUCGAAUAAUUAAAGGACCUGUUACAGCUUUAUUUUCACAGUUUGGUUAUAAAUCAGGUGAAUGUAUUAGCCAAUCAGAAGCCAGACGGACUAUUGAUAACUAUGUUCGAAACAAUAAGCUUCAAUUGACUACAGAUCCGAGUUUAGUUCAUUUAGACAAAUUAUUAACGAGCAUAUGUGAGCCGAAAACUUUUAUUGAAUCCCCUGAAAGUACCAUAACAAAUCCAAUUUUUCACAUUCGUUUUGGUGAUCUUAUUUCUCAAGCUUUAAAGAACUUAACUACUGCUUAUCGCAUAAUUUAUCCGAAUAUGUCCACCCCUGUCAUCUGGAAUAAAAAAGAGCCACCUCAUAUACAUUUGUACACUGUUACGAAAGCUGGAAAGAAAUUGACUCGAAUAGCGGAAUUGGAAGAUUUUCACAUUAAUCCAGAUUCAUUUUCUAAACAACUGAAAGUACAUUUAGCCUGUUCAGCCGGGAAAACAGAUGAUCAACAAUACCCGGGUAAAACUGUCAUUCAAGCCCAAGGUGUUCACCUUGUAGCUAUCUCGAAAUUACUUACAGAAUCGUAUUCAAUACCAAAGCGAUUUAUUAAAGGCUACACAGAACCAGAUAAAAAGAAGUAAAUGUUAGAUUUAAUCACUGACAUAUACUUUUUUGUAUACAAAAUAAUUGAAAUUUCUCUGUAGAACAUGCUGAAUUCAAUGUACAUUUUUU